CUGCGGUGGUUCCUCCACCACGGAGGUCGAUCCACCGGCUCUCUGUCUCCUCCCAUCGCCGUCCCCCUGCUGCCGUGCGCGGCCACACCUGCAGCAGACCGUAGAGACGGUGUGAAGGAGAGAGGACGCCCGGACACAUCCAGCAGCUCGCACCGCUUCUAUCUGGACUCUGUGGUGUGAGUGAGGAUCAAUGCACGGGAGACAAACAGCGACCGGAGGCUGGGACACUUUAAAUCAUGGGGAUUAACGUGAAAGAGGAGGAAGAGGAGGAAGAGGAGGAAGAGGCGCAGAGACCGACACCGAGGAGCGCGCACAGGUUUUGCUUGUGAUCCCUGACAGAGCGAGGGCAGUAACACUGACUCGACCAUUGUCUCCUCACAGCCUCUCUGGUUGCCUCGGCUGCCCAUUGUGACCGUAGAGAAGAAAGACAGAUCCGGCUUGUCUGGAUAACGACCCAUUCAGCAUCAUUUCUCUUCUGCCACAUUAGAAAGCCUCAGAACAACAGUGGAGGCUCAGCACUAUCCCGGCCUCCCCAGCCUUUUCCCUGCAUCCUCUGCCCACCUCAUCCCUACCGCCCUCUCCAUCGGCCCCUUCCCCUCCUUCACCCGAGCUUCAGCCACAGCCGAGUCCCAGAUGACAGCCAUUACCCUCCCUCACUGCACCAACCUCCUUUCCACUCCCUCCAGUCCCCGUGGCGCUUGGCACCAGUGCCCAUCACACAGACAGAUGGAGCCAACCCUGACCCCUCUCCUUGCCCGUGGGGACGCGAAGGGAACCAACCCUCGCUAGACGACAGGGGGGGUGACAGGAAGGAGAGAAGAGGAGAGUAUUGCUUUGUCACCACCGCAACUCAUCAUCCGGUCUCCCUCGGACUCCCCGUCAGCCGAAGAGAUGGACCUGGGACAGAAAGGCACACAGCGGGAACGUCAACAACAACAACAACAGAAGGACCUUCUUUUUUUUGCAGCAAAUUGUGCCGGACACAUUUUUGCUUUGAUAUUUUGGCAGAGAUAUCUUGUUCCGUCUUGUGUGGACAGAAGAGGCGAACGCUGACAAGAAUUCUAAAUAUGGGAAAUAUCAUUCGAAAGAAACAGGAUGUCACAAGAAGACGGAUCUAAAAAUUUAACCGGCUCUACACAUUCUCAACUUUUUCUGAAGCCCACAAAAGUUGCAUUAUAAGCCCUUGCACUUCCCGUUAGCUGUGGCCUCUGUGGUCUGAAACAAUGACAGCACGAGAAGUUGAACAGGCUGUCAAAGAUGUCACAAGUUUAAACAUGCAGCCGCAGUAAGCAAGCUACCUGUUUUCAUUUUACUUUCCACACCUACGUAAAGCUAAAAAGCUUUUCACCGAGAGUAAAAAGGGAAAUGUACUUGGGACUCAAAUCAGGGUUCUGGGUCGUGCAAGUCUACAUUCAUCUGAGCUGGAACAUCUUGGUUGCACCUCUGCUGGCGGAUCAGACGUCCACUCGGUGUCUCUCUUAAUACAAGAGAUGACUGGCGACUCUCUGCAAACCAAACUGGAACUUCUGUGGAGGUUUGGACUCUUUGCUCCUGAAGUUGAUGCCGAUAAGAGUUUUUAGUUCUCAAAGGAGCUGCAGCCUUGAGAUCUGGGACAAUACAAGGAGUAACUCCAGUGAAUCGUCUGGAACACACUGGUGGUGAAUGAAAUAAGACUUCGUAGAUCAUUACCUGCAUUUCGUGGUGGUGGCGUCCCUAGUCAGCAGGCUGGGAGUGGCUGUACGAUGCCUGAAUUGCAUAACUUUCCCCCCCUGAGGGACCCCAGUGGCCCUGAGCUGGGCUUGAAUGGCCCCGCAGACCCAGCUCGAAUUCAGCACAGCAUCCUGGAGGAGCAGGUGGAGCUGUGGUGGUUCAGAGAUCCCGGGAAGUCGGUUCUCUGCUACUGCGUGGCCGUGCUCCUGAUCCUGGGCUGUGGACUGGGAGGCGUCUGCCUUCUCUCCACCACCACCAGCGUCUCCAGCGAAUGGCGGCUGGGCGUGGGCACGGCCCUCUGCCUGCUCGCCCUGGGCGUGCUGCUCAAACAGCUGCUCAGCUCGGCCGUGCAGGACAUGAACUGCAUCCGAAGCCGCCAGCGCAUCGACAUGCUGAAGAGCGGCGGUUUGUCCGACCUGCUCGUGGUUUCCAUCACGGGGGUGUCACUGUUGAUCUGCGGAGGGGUGCUGCUGCGUCUGGCCCUGGUCAACCACAUGCCGAAGCCGGGCCAGGCCCUGAAUGACAUGUACAUCUCCGGAGUGGUUCUGCUGGCUGGAGGGGGGGCGGCAGUAGCUGGUGUUGGGAUUUAUUUGGUCGUGGUGAUCCUGCUUGAGAGGACGAGGCCCGGACGAAGGCUGCUGGACCGGGUGCUGAAUGUCUUCACUGUCUCUGGACGCAUGGAGCGCCAGGGCCGCAGAGAGACCACCUCCAGUCUGGCGAACCUCAUAUGAGACAGAACCACAAUAAAACGGUGUAAUUUGGCCCCUUGCUUUAAUAUCCGAUCAUUUAGCCUCACGUUAGAGGGAUAAUGAUGAAAUAACUCUUCACACACUGUCCGUCAGCAGCUGGGUCACAUGGGACAUGUCUGCCCGGUGAAGAUGUGCUUAACGAGUCCUCAAGUGUUUGUCUUUUUGUUUUGUCUGCAGGUCUCUGACACAGACGCAGGCACAACAAGGAGAAAUUAUGAUUCCAAUAGUAUUUAGAAAGAUUUUUCUUUUCAAUGAAAAGCACAAAUUCUAUCGGGUGUGUUUUCAAGUUGUUGUUAUUACACACAAUUUAUUACAAAGGAUCUGUGAUGUGAGCAUCACUACAAUGGUCCCAUUUGAUUACGCUCUUGUCAAAUAAUCUCUGACGAUGUAACACAAAGUUGUAAAUCUACACAACUGUGGCUGAGACGUCUCACACAAGCGAACUCACAGAAAGGUUAUUGCAUGAAUGAAAAAGCCAAAACACAAAUGCUAACGCCACAACUUUGAUGAAAAAGCCACAACACAACUGUAAAACCCACACAACGGAAACACAACCACAAUGGAAUUUAGUGGCUGCAGAUGUUGACUAAAAUGAGCAGAUUUACUUACUGCGGUCACUGUCACCUGGAAAAUACCCAGUCAAGCCAAUCGCUGCUUAAAGGUUCAGUGUGUCAAAUUUAGUGACAUCUAGUGGUGAAGAUGUGAUUUGCAGCUGAAUACCCUGUCACCUCACCCCCCCCCUUUCCAAAGGGAGAAAGAGAAACUAUGGUAACCAAAACAGGUAAAAAACAUUGGGACAUCUGUAGAGAGGACCCACUACCGAUGUAAAUAUAAAAAUCUAUGGUAAAGAAAAUAACAAUUCGUACAAUUUAGAUGAAACAAACUAGUAAAAACAUCAGUAGGAUAUUUUAUAUUCAAUUUCUGCCAAUAGAUCCUUUCCCGUUAUGGUACAGUUGCAUUCUUUCGCAUUCCUUCUCACUUCUGUUGAGGUUGUGUUUCUGUUGUGUUGCUGUUACUUUUGCAGUUGUGUGUUUGCCGUUAAGGCCCUUGUGUGGGUGUCUCGACCUCAGUAACACACAAAUGGAGAAACAGGAAGCUGGUUUGUCGAAGAUGAUAUGAGGUUGUGGUUAAAGGGGCCAGUUACACGCCUGUGUGUGUGUAAUGUAUCUGUUCUAAACAUGUAUCCUGUCAAAGUGCUCUUGGACCACACGUCUGACCUCUACCUACACUGAGGAUCCACGAUUGUAAGUUCUCGCGGAUCAGAGCACGAGCUGAACGGCUGUAAAUAGAAAUUACAAAAUCCAGUGAUAUACGGGAAUGACAUAAACAGGACAAAUAAUCUUUAAAAAAAAAUGUUUUGUCAUUUGUAAUCCAUGCAGCGACCCUCACUCUGUCCAUAUGAUCUCAUGAAGUUCUGUGCAGCUGAUGAAUCUGACUGUGGAUGGUGAUGAGGCGAGAGCUUCAACGUGGCUCGACUGCUUUGGACUUAAAUGAAUCCCUCAGUUGAAUAAUAAGUGAUUAUGAUCCAUGCAGCAGGACAGCAGUGUAAUGUUUAUCCGCCUGUAACACGAGAAGACGACAUGAUUGUUUAUCAGAGAAUUAUACCGGAGCACUUUAUCGACUGUCCGUGGAUCAUUUGUGGUUUUGUGCCUCGACUCAGUAUUUUCUCAGCCGUGACUCCUGCAGCUCCUUGUUUCUACUUUAACCUGCUUCUUCUACAUUUUAGAGAUCACACCGAAUCCAUUGAUUGUGUGUAACGCAACAUGUUCACUCACUUUGCAGGAGUCACGGAGAAUCAACAUCUCCUCCAAUCCGUUGAGUUGUUUUUUAAACUUCUUGGCUUCUUUGUUUUUAAUCAUGAUUUUGAAUGUGAAUGUUCUCAUCAAACCAUGUGGGUGGAGUUAAGCAAUAAAGCUCAGAUGAACCAA